AUGACCCAAGCAGGUACUACAGCUCUCGCCGCCGCCAUGAUGGGGGCCGGCUACCUCUGCGCACUCUGCGCCACACCCCCGAAUCCAUCCCCCGACCGCAAAGACAGACACACAACGGAUCGAAUCAGCUUCAUCGCAGGCUCGGGGGCAACGAUCGCCCGUCGCAUAGCCGUCACUGCCGUAACAUACCAUGCCCUCCUCACAGCGCUACCAGUCUAUGCGCCACAGCGGAUGUCGCAGAUGUGCCCGCGACCGCACAAUCUCAACCCAGAGCUAUUCUCCUGGAGUAUUCCUGCCAUCGCGGGCAUCCUGCUGAUAUGCCUCGGUGCCUAUGUUCGCCUCGCGGCGUACGGUACACUCAACCGCAACUUCACAUUCCACCUCGCGGCGCCGGAUAAGCUGGUGACGUCGGGUGCCUAUGGUUGGAUGCAACAUCCAAGCUAUACGGGGCUGGUGCUGAUCGGGUUUGGUGUCGCGUCGCUGUUUUGUCGCUGGGAUGGGGUGCCUGCCUGCUGGAUUUCUGAGGCCACGUUGGCUCGAUGGUCCGGGUGGGGUAUGGGGGUGUUGGGGGGUUAUAUUUCGGUUGCACUUUGUGUUCUGUUUACGAGGGUGAAGGAUGAAGAAGAGAUGCUGAAGGGGAAAUUCGGCAAGGAAUGGGAAGAGUGGCACCGGUCGACGAAGCGGUUCAUUCCGGGCAUUUUGUGA